AUGUGGAUUUGUCGUUUAAUACAUACAACAUUUUCAUCAGCUAAAUUAGCUGCUGUAUCUAUUGAAAAGACUAAAUUACAAUCGUUUGUUGUUAGUCUUAUAUCAUCUGGAUUAUUUUCACGUAUAUCUGAUGUUAUUCCUUAUGAAGAAUCAUCUCUAUUCGAUUUUUCAUCUUAUUUUAAACAUUUUUCAUCAAUUACAAAUGAAAUUAUGCCAUCUAUAUCGUUUGGACAAACAAUAUUAGUAGCUGACAUGAUACCAAGCACUAUGAAAAUACUUGAUGGGUGA